GUUGUCACGUCAAAGUCAAAAACAAGAUGCUCUGGUCAAUGGCUGUUGGGUUUUUCUUUGGUGCGGUCCUCUUGAUUUUGGAGUCAUGCUAUGGUGCCGAAAUCAUCAAUGGAAAUGCAGUCGACCCCCGUUUAAUGCCUUAUAUGACUCUGCUGGAGACCAGUAAGGGACCCUGUGGAGGAACACUCAUUGACCCACAAUGGGUCCUGACUGCUGCCCACUGUGUUCAGGUUAAGAAGGUGCAGCUAGGGAUGCACUCCAUCAAACAACCAGAACAGGUCCAAGGCAUCAAGACUUCUGUUCCACAUCCAUGUUUUAAUGAACAUGAGAAGGUCAAUGACCUGAUGCUGCUCAAGCUUAAAAAGCGAGUGAAGGAAACAGACCUGGUGAAACCUCUGAGGUUGAGUGAAACCAUCACAGACCCCCCAGCUGGCAGGAGGUGUCUGGUUGCUGGGUGGGGCCUCACCGACAGUAGUAGUAAGAAAAUAUCUGAUGUCCUGAUGGCUGCCAACGUGACUGUGAUUGACAGAAGGAAAUGCAACUCUGAAAAAUAUUAUAACUACAACCCCGUCAUCACCCUCAACAUGAUAUGUGCUGGUUCAGAUGGUGGCAAACCAGCUGACACCUGUAAAGGUGAUUCAGGAGGGCCGCUGAUGUGUGACAACAAGCUCGUUGGAGUCACUUCUUCUGGAGGGAAUCCCUGUGGUCAGAUACACAAGCCUGGAGUGUACUCCUUUCUUUCCAAAGCACAGCUUGCCUGGAUAAACAAAACAAUGAAGAAAUAUCACGAAAUAUAAAAAAUUCUGCUCAUUCAGCUCUGCGCUUCUUAUUCAGCCUGAUAUAAAUGUAAUGCAUAUUAUUUUUACAUGUUAAAUAGCAGUAAAAGAA